CCGACCAGUCCAUCAAUCACCCAAGUUCGUUUCGUUCUUAGCCUUUGAGGUCCAUUAGGGUUUUUCCGCCAAAAGCUCAAAACCUUCGACCCUCAAGCCCAUCAACUUCUUCUUCCACCUCGCAAUUUUCAAAUUUUCCCCUUUUUUUUUCUUCUUCUUUUUCCUCAAUUUCGAGAAUUAAAUAAAAUUCGAAAUUUCCAGACUUGCAGAGGCCACUUCCUCAUCCUCGGGGCUGCGAUUCUAGGGACUGCACUUACUUUCUUGGAGAUGGAAACUCCUACUACCCCAACUGAUAAUAAUGGGGUACCUGGUUCAGAAAGCCAGCCGACUAAGCGCAGAAGAAAGAAGUCUAUUGUCUGGGAGCACUUCACAAUUGAAACUGUUGGGGCUGGAUGUACUAGGGCUUGCUGUAACCAGUGCAAAAGAUCUUUUGCAUAUAUUACUGGUUCAAGGAUGGCAGGCACAAGCCACUUAAAGCGACAUAUUUCAUUGGGAAUUUGCCCAGUAAGCCGUCAGAAAAACCAGAUGACUCCUUAUACACCUGGCUCCAAAACUGAUGCUACUGAUGUACCAAAACGACGCUACACUAGAGCACAUGCAAGCUUCUCUUUUGAUCAGGACCGCUGCAGCCAUGAGAUUGCUAAGAUGAUAAUCAUGCACGAGUAUCCACUUCACAUUGUGGAGCAACAAGGAUUUAUAAAUUUUGUGCGAUCUCUUCAACCUCAGUUCAAUAUGGUAACAUUUAACACAAUUCAAGAUGAAUGCGUGGCCAUCUACCAUAGAGAGAAGCAAAGCCUUUUGAAUCUUAUCAUUGGAAGCCCUGGACGGAUUAGUCUUACAGUGGACUUGUGGACUUCAAAUCAGAACCUGGGCUAUGUUUUCUUAACAGGACAUUUUGUUGAUAGUGACUGGAAUUCAUUCAGUCAGAUACUCAAUGUGGUUAUGGUACCAUCUCCUGAUUCAGGUGACACCUUUAGUCAAGCUAUUUUGACUUGCCUGUCCGAUUGGCAUGUUGAGGGCCGGUUGUUCACCAUCACACUUGACCAAUCCCUCUCCAAUGAAACUAUAAUUGGAAAUCUGAAAGGGCUCCUUUCUGUCAAGAACCCACACAUGCUCAACAGUCAAUUAUUGAUAAGAAAUUGCUAUGCUCGUGUUCUUGGUCGUUUGGCACAAGAUAUCCUGGGGGCAUUGAGUGAAAUAAUCAUGAAAGUUCGCGAAAGCGUUAAGUUUGUGAAGACUUCAGAAUCGCAUGAAGAAAAAUUUGUUCAGCUGAAGCAACAGCUUCAAGUUCCUAGCACAAAAAAGCUUUCAAUUGAUGAUCGUACUAAAUGGGACACAACCUACCAUAUGCUGGUGUCUGCUUGUGAAAUGAGGGAAGUAUUUGCUUGCUUAGAUACUUAUGAUUCUGAUUACAAGAUAAUUAUAUCAUUGGAAGAAUGGAGUCAGGUAGAAACUCUAUGUACAUAUGUGAAGUACUUGUUUGAUGCAGCUAACGUUGUGGCUGAGCCAGCAUACCCAACUGCAAAUGUGUUCUUCCCAAUAAUAUCACAAAUUCAAGUUGAACUGAUGCAGGCAGCCAUGAGUGAGGACUCAUUUGUUAGCUCUUUGAUCAGACCUCUAUAUGAAAGGUUUGACAGGUAUUGGGAAAACUGCUGCCUUGUUUUAGCAAUUGCUGUGAUUAUGGAUCCGAGGUACAAAAAGCAAUUUGUAGAUUUCACCUUCUCCAAAAUUUAUGGGGAGAAUGCUGAGACUUGGAUCAGAUUAGUUGAUGAUGGACUUCAUGAACUCUUCCUCGAGUAUAUGAUGCGAAUGCUUAGUCUACCGGAAACAUUAAUGGUGGAAGGGAAUGAGGACAUCAUCAGAUCUGACCCACCUGAAGCAGCAGAAGCAUCUCAUGAAGAAGCCGCAGAUGGGCUUUCAGAUUUUGAUAUAUAUCUCUCUGAUAUCACAGGUGGUCAGCAAAUGAAGUCAGAGUUAGAGCAGUAUCUUGAAGAGUCCAUUCUGACCCCCCGAGCGCAAGACUUCGAUAUUCUGGGUUGGUGGAAAGAGAAAACUACAAAGUACCCAACACUAUCAAAAAUGGCUUCCGAUGUUUUGUCUAUACCAGUUUCCACAGUUGCCCCCGACUCUGUUUUCAACACUGAAUUGAAAAAAAUGGACAGUUACCGUACUUCGUUGGGUGCAGCAAAUCUCGAGGCUCUCAUAUGUGCCAAGGAUUGGCUACGACAUGGACCAUUCCCACAACCAGAACCACAGCCACUUGAAGUUUCUAAUGAUAUGGUCAAGAUGGAGUUUUUGGCCUAGGUUUUGAUCUCUUCUUCUAGGUAGAUCAUUGAUUCAGUUCAAUUAUGUUUUGUGUUUCCUUCGGUAUAGGAUGCUGACAGUUCCAAAUUUUAUGUUACUAGUAUAGGAAUUGUUUUCAUUCUUGGAUUAGUAAAUCGGUCUAUAAGAAAUUAAUUGGGUUCUCUA